AUGCAGUCAGUCCAGGAGAGAAAGAACAUCAUUGUGGAAGCGGCGAACGCUCUCAUGCUCGACGUCAACUGUAGCUCAUACCCAUUGAUCACCUCGUCUAGCACAACACUUGUCAGCAUCAUCAGCGAUCUCACCUUGAAUCCCGAGAACAUCAUAGAAACGAUCGGAAUAGUGAAGGCCUGUACGGCCCGCGUUGGACAGGGGGCUUUCAAGACAGAAGAUACUGGGGAUAUUGGAACUAAGCUCCAGGAGAUGGCCGGGAAGGGGAAUUCCAACCGGCAGAAGACGCAGAUCACUUCCAUCAACUACUGCAACUUUCUAAACCUCACGAAGCUUGAUGCUCUGGAUACUUUCGAGACUAUCAAGGUCGCUGUCACUUACAAGUUUGAUGGCAUCGAGCUUGAACAUUACCCUGCCGAUCUCGAUAUGCUAGCCCGAGCCGAGGUUGUCUACCACGAGUUGCCGGGAUGGCAGAAGCCAACCACUGGAGCAAACACUUUCUAUGGUCUUCCUAAGCAAGCUCGCUAA